ACUGAUUAUAGCAUUUCAAGUCUCACUGGAAUUAAGGAUAUUGUCUACAGUACAGAGAGGUUCGGAGACCAGCAUUCACCCAGUAUACAAGUGAAGUUUAAUGGCAGUCAUGGCUCCAAUUUUACACAGUGAAUAUAUAGAACAGGAGCAGUACGUUAAAAACCCUCACCUGGGCAACAUGGACGAGGACAUCCUCUACCACUUUAACCUGAGCACCAAGACCCACAACCUGCCUGCCAUGUUCGGAGACAUCAAGUUCGUGUGUGUGGGAGGCAGCGGCAACAGAAUGAGAUCUUUUGCUCAGUUCAUCCAUCAGCAGCUGGACCUCCCAGGGAACGUUGAUGAUAUCAGGGAUAUCUGUGAGGGGACUGACCGCUACUCCAUGUACAAAGUGGGGCCUGUGCUUUCCAUCAGUCAUGGUAUGGGUGUGCCAUCCAUCUCCAUAAUGCUGCAUGAACUCAUCAAGCUCCUGUACCACGCCCACUGCCGUGAUGUCAUGCUGUUUCGCAUCGGUACCUCAGGAGGCAUUGGUCUUGCUCCUGGCACAGUGGUGAUCACUGAUAAAGCGGUGGACUCUUUCUUCAGGCCGCAGUUUGAGCAGGUGGUUCUGGGUAAAGUGAUCACCAGGAGCACUGAGCUGGAUGAAGGCAUGGCACAAGAGCUCCUGCAGUGCUCCACUGAGCUGCCCAACUUCCCCACCAUCAUUGGCAACACCAUGUGCACACACGACUUCUAUGAAGGCCAGGGCAGACUGGAUGGUGCUCUGUGCUCGUUCUCCACCGAGGAGAAGCUGGAAUAUCUGACGAGGGCCCAUGAGGCUGGCAUCAAGAACAUUGAAAUGGAGUCCACCGUCUUCGCUGCCAUGUGUCGCGUCUGCAACCUCAAAGCGGCGGUGAUCUGUGUGACUCUGUUGAACCGGUUGGAGGGUGAUCAGAUCUCCACACCCCAUGAUGUGCUGGUGGAAUACCAGCAGAGACCUCAGUACCUGGUGGCUCAUUUCAUCAAGAAACACUUGGCACUGAUCUAAACACAUUCACCUCAAUGUGCUGCAUCUCUUAAUGCCAGGUUUUAAAAGGUACUGUAGCAUUUUCCAAACCAAAUCUCUGUCCACUGUGCGUGUAGCGUAUGUCUGAUUACCGACAGCAAUCAUUUCAACAUGUUCUGAGAAAAGAACAGCUUACGCUAAAACUCACUAAGGGCAGUUAAAAAACAGGAAAUCAGUUAAAACGUAUGAAUAUAAAAUACCGAAUAAAAACAACAACCUUCAUACAUUAAAUAUUUGAAGACACGAGAGACGAUUGUACCAAAGCUAUUUUGUUAACAGAGAGAGACAGACAGAUAAACAAAAACAAAUAAAUAAAUACAUAGAUACAUAACAAACAAAUGCAUUUGAGAUAAUCAUAUCAAAGGUGUUCUUAUAACAAACAGACAAACAAACAAACAAACAAAUUAAAAACAAAUAGACAGACAGGAAGACAGAUAGAUAGAUGAAUGAACAAAUAAAUACAUUUUGGGUUAAUCUUAAGAAAGUUGUUUUAUAAGACAGACACACGGACAAAUAAACAAACAAAUACAUUUUGAGAUCAUAUCAAAGCCAUUUACAAUUCAUAUUAAAGAUAUAUAUAUAUUAGUCAUCAUAUAUCGAGGAUAUGGGGGCGGCACAGUGGUGUAGUGGUUAGCGCUGUCGCCUCACAGCAAGAAGGUCCUGGGUUCGAGCCCCGGGGCCGGCGAGGGCCCCUCUGUGCGGAGUUUGCAUGUUCUCCCCGUGUCCAC